CGGCACACACUCACACUCACGGCUGCUUCCAUCUAUCCAUGCAGUUCACUUCAUUGUACUGCCUGUGCUCAUCAAUUAGGCAAGAAUUAAGCCGUUUUAGAUGCAAUAAUUGUCUCUCGGCGCUUCGAAGAGGACUAUAAACCGAGGACAGAGGCGCAGAGAAGUUUUGAGUGCGAGAAAGCGGAGAGAAGCGACACACAGGGUCCGCGUGUUUGUUGCAGCCAUGCCCUCAGUGAUGGAGCGCUCGGGGGCCGGUGUCCUGUCCAGGAGCAGAGCCAAGACCGUAACCAACGGCAACAGCCAGCCGCACUCUGAAGAGGAGAGCAGCGAUGAAGAGCAUGCCCAUGACAGUAUGAUCAGAGUGGGAGGAGACUACCAGGCUCAGAUCCCAGAGUUCAAACCAGACAGUCCAACCCGCUACAAUGAGAAGGACCAGAGGAGCAUGUUGGUCUGGUGUCCCAACAGUCAGCUCUCUGAUGCAAUGUUGGAUGAGUACAUCCUGAUGGCUAAAGAGAAACAUGGAUACAACAUGGAGCAGGCUCUGGGCAUGUUGUUAUGGCACAAGCACGACGUGGAGCGCUCGCUUGCCGACCUGGCAAACUUCACCCCCUUCCCAGAUGAGUGGACAGUGGAGGAUAAAGUGCUGUUUGAGCAGGCCUUCAGCUUCCACGGAAAGAGCUUCCACCGCAUCCAGCAGAUGCUUCCAGACAAGCUGAUCUCCAGCCUGGUGAAGUACUACUACAGCUGGAAGAAGACCAGGACCAGGACCUCUGUCAUGGACCGACAGGCCAGGAGGCUGGUCAGCAAGAGAGAGAAAGAUGACAGUAACGAUGAGAUUGAGGAAGGAGACCCUGGCAGUGACAGCGACUUUGAGAUUGACACCAAGAAAGAGGCAGUGAAACAGAACCCAAACAACGCCAACCCUGACAAGGCAACCCCCAGUCGCUCUGGGCCGGUGAAGAAGGAAAAUAUCGGGGCUCAGUACCGCCACCACCCGCUCAGAGCCCGCCGCAGGCCACCCAAAGGCAUGCACUUGGAGCAGGCAGACAUCAUGUCAGUGUCAGCCUCCCACGAUGCCGGGGUGGUAACUAUACGACAGCUGGACACACAGUUGGUGUCACUCAAGAGACAGGUUCAGUCUAUCAAACAGAACAACAGUAGUUUGAAACAGGGCUUAAAUGAAGGCGUUGAAUCUUUCAAACCUGCUGAGCCUGCCCCUAAGAUGAACUCUCGUUGGACCACAGAGGAGCAGCUCCUGGCUGUGCAGGCUAUCCGUCGUUAUGGAAAAGAUUUCUCAGCCAUCGCUGAGGUGAUCGGGACCAAGACACCCGCUCAGGUGAGCUCGUUCUUCGUGAGCUACCGGCGCAGGUUCAACCUGGACGAAGUGCUGAGGGAGUGGGCGGCCGAGCAGGUGGCCACCAGCCGAGACCAGAGAGACCCCAGGAGGACCAGCGAGGAGAUGGCAGCUGCUACAGAUGGAGCCGCCGAGGAGGAUGAGGUCAAAAUGGAGGACUCUCCCUCGGACGUCGCCGGCGGCUCCUCUCCCCCCUCCUCCACCCAGACCCCCUCCUCUCUGUCCCAGCCUCCUCCGCUGCUGCGCCCUGCACCUCCCUCGGCUCCCCCCAGCCUCCUCCGUCAGCCUCCUCCUCUGCAGACGCGCCCGCUCCAGAACCGAGCGCCCCACAACCACCCUCCGCCUCCGCUCAUCCGGCCCGCAGUGACCACCUCAUCCUCCUCCAGCGGGAGCUCCAGCCUCAGGGCUUCACCUCCCAGCUCCUCUUCUGCUGCAGGGCAGAUGCCUCCGUCGCUGGUUGGGCUCAAAGUGGAGCAGCCCAACUCGCACUGAUACACACAUACACAAAUAUAUAACAGUAGGAAUAGAAACACACACAGAAAUUAGCAUGCAGACAAACAUACAAACACAACGCUUUCUCCUCAGAGAAAAUUCCUUCACCCUGUAACUCCGUCACUCCAAUUUUUUGUUCCUGGGACCAUCACACACCACAUGACCACAUGAUCCACUGCACACGCUAAGGUCCCAAAGGUGACAUCACAGCUCUUACAAUGCAGAAAGAGUGAAAGGACCCCGGCCCCCCGCGGGUCCACUUAGUGAGGCAGUGGCCUGAAGCCCCUUUACUGUACUAACAAACACCUACCUCCAGACCAUUGUUCACUAGCGCGCGCACACACACACACACACACACACACACACACACACACACACA